AAGUCUAGAAUAUCUUUAACCACGAACAAAGGAAUAAUUAAAAGAGCAUUAUGACCGAAGAAAAUCCCCAAGUGACUAUCGAUUCACAAGUCACAGAGGAACCGGCAAAAGCAGAUUGUGAAGUGACAGCAAAAGCAGAAGACACACCAAACGAAGUUGAAACAAAAGUGGAAGACUCUAAGACAGAGGAAUCGACAGCCGAGGAGCAAACAGAAGCAAAGGCAGACGAGAAAUCAAAAGAACCGCAAGAAUCUAUUGAACCUAAAGAAGUAGAAGAACCGCAAGGAACUACUGAACCUGAACCAGAAGAACCGCAGGAAACUACUGAACUCAAAGAAGAAGAACCGCAGGAAACUACUAAAACUACAGCAGAGGAACCCCAGGAAAGCAUUACUGAAGAAGCACCUGCUCAAGCACAAACAGACGAAAUGCCUGAAGAACAAACGAAAACCGAAGAACAAGUGGAAGCCGCUCAGGUAGAAACACCAAAAGAUGCGGAGACUGCUCCCGAGACUACAGAAAAACAGGAGGUGACGUCAGAACCAGCUGCUGAAGAACAAACUGAAGCCAAAGAAGAACCAAAGCAGGAAGAAGCGAAGGAACCUGAUGCCGCAACAGAAGAAGUAAAACCAGAAGAAUCAGAGAAGGAAGAAAAACCAACGGAAGAAGGCAAAGCUGAAGCGAGCGCAUCAGAACCGCAAACAAGUAAAGAACAGAAAGAGGAGAAAAAGGAAGAGGAACACAAAAAGAAAAGGAAGCGUCUGUCAAGCAAAUCAUUUAGAAAUGUAUUUUCGAAAAUGUUCAGCAGAAAACCAGCAAAAGUGAAGGAAGAAGCAGCUGAGGGCGAUUUUCCCGAAGACAAGAAAGAAAACAACGAAAAAUCUGAAGAAAAGCCUGCUGAACAAGCAGAGGGGACUGGAGAGACAGCAGAAGAACCUAAAGAAAACGGAGAUGCACAAGAAACCAAAGCUAAUGGAGAUGUUCCUGCUGCUGGGGGUGAGAAAACCUCCGCUGACGUCACAGAAGAACCAGCCAAAGAGAAUGGUGACGCAACAAAGGUGAAUGGGGAUGCAAAACCAGCUGAAGAUUCACAAAAAGAAAUUCCUGCAGCCCAAGAAAACGCAUCGGUUCCCGUCGAAGCUGCGAGCUAAAUAAAAAUUUCCGGGUUUCAAAAUCUGCUCGAAUUUUCGAAGUCAGGAGUCCACGAUACGGCGUGAAUCAAUGCAAAAAUUUUUCAUUUAUGUCAAAAACAACAUUUUCAACAUUUAUAAAAUUACUAAUGAGUUUUAAGAUGUACACCAAAACGGAUAUUAACCGCACAACCGCUAGAUGUCGCAUUUCUACUAUUCGAUUUUGAAUUAUUUUCUGCCAUAGCAACGCAACAACACUCAUAUAAUGGCAUCCUGGUAGAUUUUGAUUUCAAUUUCGGGCUUUCUUCAUUUUUGUUCCUGGCGAGGGUUAACUUCGGGUGAGAAAUGAGAAUGUAAAUGCUUUUGGAUGUCAGAGCGAAAAAAAAAUUGUUUCUCUCUCUGCAAAAGUAAAUAGAUUAAUGCGUUAUUUCGAUGGACCUGUUUCUAGGAGAAUGAAAUAUUUCAAAUAUUGUUUCCAUUUCAACAGCCCCCCUGCUCGAGUUAAUUUGCCUUGUGUUAUGCGCUAUUCCCAAGUAAAUAAAUAGGCAUCCUUUAAUGAGCGGAAAUGUCGAUUUUCGCAUAAUUUGCCCCGCAAUGUAUAUAUCUAAGAUUCCAUUUAUUUCUAUUUUAUAAUAUCACUAAUAAUGUUACUUUGCUUUAUCAAAGCAAGGAAUAAUGCUGACCAACAGUUGCGUUCAUCCAUUCUCUGAAUGCCUGAUUUUUUUUUUACUAUGCGAGCCUUAUUGCAUGUUUCACAACGUUGCUAUGACAACCAAUAGGUUGAUGCUUCCUUUUGUGAUAUAGUAGUUGGAUGACGUCAUGUAUGUGUGACACCAUAUUUUGUAGCGAUGUAUAAUUUUUUUGAUUUAACGUUUGGAAUUUUAUUUUCAAUCUAGUUUAUAGACGAUGCUGUUACAUGUUUGGCCUAUUACGUCAUCUUGUUGUAAAGUUCACCUAAUGUCGUAAACGUUUUUUUAAUUUUGUUGAAAUCUUGUAUGGAAGUUUAUACUAACAAGCUGCUGGUGUUCAAAAGUCGUUUCUCGUGAGAUAUGUGGUCGUACGUCUUCUACGACCACUCUCUUAAUACUACUUCAAUAUUGUCUAUAUUUUUACUUUUCAAAUGCCGUUGUAAAUUUCGGAUAUUUUUCACAACCCGAGAAAAGAUGAUAAUAAAAUGUAUAUAGUGGUACCUGA